UCCGACGUACAUCCCAAGUCAGGCUGGGUCAGUUCAUCCCCUCACGCCAAACCAAACCGAUCGCGACAUGAUCAGUUGAUCACACCUGACAGCCUCCUCCCGAUCUCCAUCAACCCAAACUUGAAUCCAAAUCCACCUCGCUUACGCCUCCGAUCCCAACUCCUCCCAAACCAAAUCCCUUAUAAGCGUCGCCGUCAGCAACCAACCCCGAUAAACAGCAGCAGCAGGUGGCCAGGUCGUCAACCCCAAGAACCCAGCCAGGAUUAAUCAGCCGCCGCCAUGGCCUCUCGGCGGCGCCUCGGCCUCCUCCUGCCUCUCCUCUCGCUCGCCCUCCUCCUCCUCACCGUCUUGGCGUCCGACCCGACGGCCCCGGCCGUGGCCGCAGCCGGCAUCUCCGGCCAGCCGAGCGCGUACGAGAUGCUGGAGGGGUUCGGGUUCCCGAGGGGCAUCCUGCCGGAGGGCGUGACGGGGUACACGUACCGGGCGUCCGACGGCGCGUUCGAGGUGUUCAUGGGCGGCGACUGCGAGUUCGACGUCGACGGCGGGUACCGGCUCACGUACCGGCGGAGGAUCUACGGCAACGUCGAGGGCGGCAGCAUCCGGAACCUCGGCGGCGUCUCGGUGCGCAUGUUCCUCCUCAACUGGGGCAUCGACCGCGUCGUCAUGGAGGACGCCGGACACCUCAUGUUCUACGUCGGCCCGCUCUCGCAGGCCUUCCCCGCCGACAACUUCGAGGAGUCGCCCCAGUGCCGGGGCCGCCGCUGCGGCGGCGUGGCUGCCGGUGAUGUUGGUGCCGCCGGUGGCGUGGCGGCGAUGUAGGACGAUCCGGAGCUACGUGGUGGGUCCAUGUGGAUUAAUUAUUGAGGCGCCGACGACGGAGGGGAGGAGGAUCAAACGAUCGAGAUGUUGAUUCCAUUGUAGUACGUGUACAACUUAAAAGUCAAUUGUAUUGCACCACGACGCUCUGUUUGGUUUGAGGAGAUCUAGUGCGUUUGCGACUUUGCGUUACGUGAUUUUUUA